AUGUCUGGUGCAGCCGUCACUUCUGGGGCCGUAUUGAAUUCAGGAUGGUAUACGAAUGCUUAUUCCGGCCCAUUCCGAUCAGGUAGAUUGAGAGCACCUUCUUUACUUCCAGGAGGUAGAAGACCUACCGUCAUACCCGUACAACAGACUUUGGUUGUUGACGUUGCACACAAUCAUAAUCACAACAAUGAAGAUAACGCAAAUGUCAGAAGAAGGGAGACUAUAUUCGGUCCAGACGUGGGUGAAGACGACGAACCUGGGUGGACAGAAGAUAAAGGUCAAGAGAUUGGCGUCGAGAAGAUCAAACAAUGGGUAGAGAAAAGUAAGAAUGAAGAGGGCCUUCACGCAACAACAACGCUCCAAGCACUUGUAAACCUUAAAAGGCCUACAUUACUCUUGCAACAGCUUGAACAACCGAUUUCUGAUGAAGCAAGUGGUCGACCUUCCAUUGAAAGUACAACCGAAGAAGAACAAGACAUCACAUUAGUAUCUUCAUCACCCAUAUCUAUUUCAAGUCCUAGAAAACGAGCUUCGACAAUUUCUACUACACCUUUACACACCUUAACAUUCAAAUAUGAUGCGACAACACCUCAAGUAAGGAUUCAAUUGGAGAUUUAUCCUUCUCCUCAACCCGAACUUGCUAUUAUAGAAGGUAAAGAAUCGAUUGUAGAAGAUCAUGAACCUAAAAUCAUUUAUUCAGGUGUACAUAAUGGUGGAUUUAAUCAAUCUUUCACUUUACCUCAUACUUCUGCAUUGGACUUAAGCUCAGCUAUCAUCCCUCAAGAAGAACAAGAACAGAAUAUGAAGAAUGAAGCUGAAUUACAGAAUACAACUAACAACUCAAAUGGUAAUAAUGGUACCACGUUAUCCAACAGUCAAGUGCCGCCACCAGUGACUACUUCAAAUGACGAAAAUCAAUCAAGAUGGGGAAGAGGUUUAUUCAGAAGGAACAGACAAGAUGAUUUGGAAUCAGGUACAAAUGGAAUCGAAAUGACAAACACAACAAAUCGUCUCGAUGAAAAUGGUCAACCUAUCAACCCUAUCAUCAACAAUGAAAAUGGGAUAAAUGACGUUCCAGGUCAACACCAAAACGAGGCUGAAAAGAAGAAAGAAAACGAAAGAGGUAUGAGACUGUUGAUCAGGAUUGAUGGUGUGGGAAACGAAGGUCAAGCAUUACCACGAAAAAACGCUCAACUCACUCAUAUACUCAUCAGUGGCACUUGGGCAGCUGAGAAUACAGCUACUGCUUCAAUCAAUCCUGUUCAAGCCACAUCUGCUGGUAAGAGAGUAUGGGUCGUCAAAGUUGCUCGAAGAGAAGCUAUUAUUGGUUCACACACUUUCCUCCUCAAGGAAAUAUAUGGACUUUCGUCAACCUCGACUACCUCGUCUUCCAAUUCGCAAUAUCCACCAACCCAAGAUGAUCCAUAUGCAUCCACACCGAAUGAAUGUAUUGUCUGUUUGACUUCACCUCGAGAUGUUGUCUUAUUGCCUUGUCGACAUCUGGUAGUCUGUAGAGACUGUGCGGUUGGAAUGGUAGAAUAUGGUGCAGGAGGUAAAGUAGGUAGAAGAGAAGAUGGAGAAACUGCAGGUGGAGCAGAAGCAUCAAAUGGUGGUACCGGCACCACUGCCGCGAAUGGUGCAGGCACUACUGCAACCACUGCUGGACAACCGCAAGUCGCAGGCGGAACGACCACAACAGGAAGGGAGAGAAGAAAGAAGAAGGUCAAGGGAUGGUAUUGUCCCGUGUGUCGACAGCCAUACACAUCGUUGCUGCGAUUAGCACUUCCUGAAUCGGAUAAACCAUCCACAAACGAAUUGAGCAGAGUACCGUCUCGAGCUGCAUCAGUCCGAACUACCAGAACAGCCAGGUCAAUGAGAGCACCUUCUAUCGCACCUACGUUACCUGAUGGAGCAGAAAGGAUGCUUGAUUCCUUGAGACCAGCCCAUGCAGAUGCAGAUGUAGACGAUAUCGAGAGUGAUAAUGGCGAUACCACUAGGAUUAAUGAAAGACCUCAAUUCGUUUUGAGCGAUGAAGGUAAACAAGAGACUGAACAUGAAGAAAACGCCAACGUCAAUGUACAAGUCAAUCAAGUUGAUCACUCAUUUAAUGGAUUGGAUCUAGCUCCACCUGUCAAUACCACCCACAAUCAUCACGAACAGACGGAAACCAAUGGAAGAUCAAGUCUAGAAGGUAAAGGAUGGAAACAAGUACCUUAG